UGCAAACCUGAAAAACCAAACGGACCUGUCUGUAGGUGUUACUUAUAUCACAGAGCUGCAGGUGCCUCCAGCCCCACUGGCCGUUGCUGUAGGAGCUGCUUCCCUGCCAGUCCUCCCUUGGGACCUCACUCGGCCCUCUUAGCAGCAGGACUCUUAGCCUCUCUCCUCACAGUGAUGUUGGACUCAGUAACCCACAGCACCUUCCUUCCCAACACGUCCUUCUGUGACCCACUAAUGUCGUGGACAGACUUGUUUGGGACUGAAGAGUACUAUCCUGGCUUUGAGCAUCAAACAGCCUGCGACUCCUACUGGACAUCCGUGCCCCCGGAGUACUGGACGAAGCGCCAUGUCUGGGAGUGGCUCCAGUUCUGCUGUGACCAGUACAAGUUGGACGCCAAUUCCAUUUCUUUCUGCCACUUCAACAUAAGUGGGCUUCAGCUGUGCAGCAUGAGCCAGGAGGAGUUUGUGGAUGCCGCCGGGAUCUGUGGGGAAUACCUGUAUUUCAUUCUCCAGAACAUUCGCACGCAAGGCUAUUCCUUUUUUAAUGAUGCUGAUGAAACAAAGGCCUCAAUCAAAGACUCUGCAGACUCAUCGUGUUUGAAAAUAGGAAGCCUAAAAAAUCAAGAAAGCCAUAACCACGGCAGAUCAAGCCUCCAGAGUUCUCACCUAUGGGAAUUUGUGAGAGACCUCCUCCUGUCUCCCGAAGAGAAUUGUGGCAUCUUGGAAUGGGAGGAUCGGGAACAGGGUAUUUUUCGGGUGGUGAAAUCGGAAGCCCUCGCCAAGAUGUGGGGACAAAGGAAGAAAAACGAUAGGAUGACCUAUGAAAAGCUGAGCAGAGCCCUAAGAUACUACUAUAAAACAGGAAUUUUGGAACGGGUGGACAGAAGGUUAGUGUACAAGUUUGGGAAAAAUGCACACGGUUGGCAGGAAGACAAGCUAUGAUCGGCUUCACUCAGCCUCAUUUUAUGGAUUUCCCCCCUUAAAAAAAUCAUCAUGUGACAUCUAAAAGUCUCUCUCUCUUUCUCUCUCUCUCUCUCUCUCUUUUUUAACCUGAAUACAUUCUGGUGAAAUUUCUCCAUAUCGGUUUCCAUCUGGAUUGACAGGUUGCCGACUGUUUUGCAUGAUAGCCAUAAGGCUAUUUGAAAUCUAAUGUGAGGGGGAGGGAUGAUUUAAGGGAGGAUAAAUUUAUUUUGCAAUAAUUGACUCCUAUGGUUUAAAUCAAGCAUCAUUUUUAACUCAUCAAGAUUCUUGAGAGCAAUAAAGACAAUCAGAAUCUCUGGCUCAAAGCCAAACUCAGUAUAGGACUGGGUUUUUGUUUUUUAACCCAGGAUUUUGAAAUUUCAAAAGGGGCUGAAAAUGCAAAGUUCUUCACCUUCAAUAGUUGCCUCCUCCUCAACCGUUUACUCAACGGGCAUCUAUCUAUACCCCAUUCCCCUGCCUUCCUCAUCACCCCCAUCUCCUUAGCAACUGGCCAGUAUAGUAGCAAUGCACACUCCCUUCCUCCUGGCAGCUGUACCCCAAGGGAGCUCCUUCCUCCAUCCCACCCUCCUACAGAAACUCCUAGUUAGGUUUAGCUCCUGGCCACUCACUCACUCACUCACAGCUCCUCUUCAAGAGCUUCCAGGUAGAUCCCAAGGAACAAAGUGCUUAGAGACAGAAUCCAAUGAACUACAGGUGAGAGGAAUUUAGUUCCAAUUUUCCUUGACUGAAAUCAGCAGCUGGGCAAAGAUGUGCUAAGUCAACACGACUUGAUGGAGAGAUUCGAGUCGGAGGACCCAGUCACGUCUCAACUGUGAGACUUUGGCCAAGUCACACUUCUCCGGCUCUUGGUUUCCUCAUCUGUAAAAUGUGCAUUAUCAGACCUUGCCUGCCUACCUCACAGGGUUGUUGUGGGGACUCGAUGGGUUUCGCAGAUAUAGUACUCUAUUACCUCGACGUGCUAUGUGAAUAUCAGCUAUUGUUCCAAUGUCAGGGAAUUUUGCUGUUUGAAAAAUAAAUUUUACAAAAAUUGAGCUUUAGCCAUGAAUCCAGGAUACAAACUAAAUUUAGCAGAGGUGGUCAGUAGAGUUCUCAACCAUCUUUCCAGUCAUGAAAUAAACUUUUAAGCAUCUUUCUAAACAUAUUAGACCUUUACAAUUGACUUUAUUAAUAUUUGUUGUUGAAAUUUCCCUUUCUCCUGCCCAAUUUUGACUAGGAGUGGAAUGAGGGUGUGCAAGGGGUUCAUUAACUGAAAAAUAAAUAUUUUCUCCUCCUCCCCCCUACCAAAUAUCAUAAAUUUUGUUCCUAUGCAAUCAACAGGAGAUGAGUUCUCCCACUUUGAACUAAGUUCUAAAAAGUUAAAUCUUUUCUCUUUGGAUCUUUUUGUGACAAAAACAUCAAACUUUUACAUAACUGGAAAAGUCCUAUUAUUUAAAGGCAAUCAAAAGGUGCAUCAGUUUUAUUUUGUUUAACUACUUGAUUUGUCUCCCUCCCCCACCAUAAAAGUCCAGAUUGCCAUAU